GAUAUAUUGAUGUAAUUAACAUUGACAAAAGAAUAAAAUAUAAGUUCCUCUCAUUCUCGCUAGCUCUCUGCGUUUCAAAAUGGAGAAAGAAGCAUUAGUUCCCAAACUCACCUCUGUAUCACGGACGCCACUAAAAGAGUAUGUUCAGUUGAUCCUCGGAAUAUUUGUCUUCUUGGUCAUUCUCUCUUUCACCAUUGCCGGGAUGGCCUAUUGCCUUAGCGCAGCGCAUGAAGAAGAUAAAGAAAGAGAAAAUUAUGUCCCAAAUAUUACAGUACCUUCUAUGGAUUUCACGGUUCUUAAUAUAACCGAGACUAGUCUUAGUUUAAAAUGGAAUUUAUUGAUAAGGAUCCCUAGAGAUCUUCCUGGUUGGUAUAUGUGUCUCAGGGGAGAUUUUAAGUUUUUCAUACUAUACAAAGGUGUGACCAUCGCUACUUCAUCCAUAGAGAGUUACAAUCUUAUACCAUGGUGGGCUCAGCUGAUUAGUGUUUCAUCGAUUGCUUCCGAGGAAGGUAUGGACAGUGUGAUUAUGAAAGAUAUUAUGGAGGGUAUUAAGGAGAAGGGUGAAAUACGGUUCGGAUCGCGGUUGCUUCUUCCGGAUUGCAGAUAUGGGACGAGCGCAAAGAUGAACUAUGCGUGUGAUGAAGCCAUGUUACGUUUCGAGUCUGGCUCUCUCAGGAAUGCAACUUUGUUUGGAAACCUCCCUAUCUGCCGCUACCUUCGCUAAAGUAUACUUUUCGUGAUCAAUAUUUAGCAUUUCCAAUAUAUUUUACACCUUAUUUCCUCAAUCAUUAUAUGAAUCUUUCCCCAUCAUUUUUUACUAUAUAUAUGCCAAGUACUGUAUUUUCUAACUAAUUAAACCUUAUAAAUUUGUUGAUGUA